GUUUUUGCAAUCCUCCCUUAAUCGUAUCAUCCAGGAGCUUCUGGAUCUCUAGAAUAAAUCUGGAGGAUUUAAACUGAAUGUUUAUAUGGUUUUUGGCUCUUCCUAAAAGCAGAAGGCCGGAAUAGCGAUGAAAAUGGACUUAAAUGCCAUCAUAGAAAAGAUGGAAACGGGCGAUCAGGACGCCGCACUGAAAGCUUUACAGAUCUAUAAUAAAGAGAAGUCACAGUGUUUUUCGUUUAACCCUGGGGAAGAGGACGACAGAGAGAGGCUGGGCGAGCUAGUGCUCGGCUUCCUGGGGCGAGACCUCCAACCGUCCUGUCAACUGGCAUGCCUGGAAACCAUUCGCAUCCUGUCCCGCGAUAAGAAGAGCCUGGCUCCAUUUGCCACCCGCCAAGCCGUCCAGGUACUGAUCCGACAUGCUGGGCUCGGUCAGGGGGAGGGCGUGUCGCCCGAGAUCCCAGAUUUGGAGGUAAUCGUGGAGGCUCUGAAAUGUCUUUGCAACAUCAUCUUCAACAGCGAGGCGGCUCAGGAGGCGGCGGCAGAGCUUCAGCUCAUCACGGGAUUGGCCGAGAGACUGAAACAGUGCCGCGAGCCGCAGUGGAACCACGACGUGCGGUUCUUCGACCUACGACUCAUGUUUUUGAUCACCGCCCUGCGCGUGGACGUCAGAGCCCAGCUCGCACGAGAGCUGCGAGGUGUCAGCCUGUUAUCGGAUGCUUUGGAUGCCACGCUCGGCCUCUAUUGGCCCGACAUGUAUGAAGUGGCCCGUCCGGGUGUCGAUGGGUCUUCGGACCUCCCCCCGCUCGGGAGGCAGGAGACGGAGCGAGCCAUGGAGAUCUUAAAGAUUCUCUUUAAUGUCACCUUCGAUUCCAACCGCCGUGAUGUGGAUGAGGAGGAGGCGGCCACUUACAGACACCUGGUUGCCAUCCUAAGACAUUGUAUCAUGAGCACAUCAGACGGGGAGGAACGCACUGAUGAGAUGCAAAGCCACACGGUGAACCUGCUUGGGAAUCUGCCUCUACCAUGUCUCGACGUCUUGCUCAUGCCCAAAGUCCAGCAGGGUUCAAUCGAGUACAUGGGGGUCAACAUGGACGCCGUUAAAGUUCUGCUGGAGUUUAUGGAGAAACGGCUCGACAGGGGAAACAAGCUGAAGGAGACCCUGCUGCCCUCAUUAAACCUCCUGACAGAGAGCGCCCGCAUUCACAGAGAGACAAGGAAAUUCCUACGAAUGAAAGUUCUUCCUCCGCUACGUGAUGUUAAAAACAGACCUGAGGUCGGUAACGCCCUGCGCAACAAACUGGUGCGUCUGAUGACCCACAUUGACACGGAUGUGAAACACUGCGCCGCAGAGCUCCUGUUUGUGCUGUGCAAAGAAAGCGUUUCCAGGUUUAUCAAGUAUACAGGUUACGGUAAUGCGGCCGGACUGUUGGCUGCUCGGGGGCUCAUGAGAGGGGGGCGAGACCCAGGUCACUAUUCAGAAGAUGAGGACAGCGAUACAGAGGAAUACAGAGAGGCGAAACCUCAUAUUAAUCCAGUAACCGGGCGUGUGGAGGAAGAGCAGCCCAAUCCUAUGGAUGGAAUGACAGAGGAACAGAAAGAAUAUGAGGCGAUGAAAUUAGUCAACAUGUUUGAUAAACUCUCCAGAGAGCAGGUGAUCCAGCCGAUGAAAAUUGGAGCUGAUGGUAAAAUGACUUCAAUGGAAACACAUGAACUCCAAUAUUUAGCCCAGCAACAACUCGGAGAGUCUACAAAUUCAGACAGCGACAGUGAUACAAACUAGCAGGGCAUCCUGGAAUUCCUAUACGGUGGGAUAUUUGGAAUGCUGCAGUGCAAUAGGGAGCACUCGAGUCCUUUAACAGGAGGGACAGGAUUGCUGAUUUAAAUGUAAAUAGAAACUUUUGCUGAAUCAUAAUAAAGAAUCAAAUCAUGUUAGGAUUUAAGCGCUUUAUUUUGUGUACAAGAAAAACACCUGGUGAUUGUUUUUUUUUAGUAUAUUUUUAGGUUUAUUGUGUUACCCUGCCAGUAAUGCAUUCUGUACAAUCACAAGUAAAAACAUAUUUUUGUUUUAUCGUUUCAUGAGGGCAAAGAUUUUGUUUCAUAUAGACAGUGGCCUAAAAAAAUUGUUAAAUUGAAGGAAGAAGAAAGUGAAAGAGUAACUGGUAUUUAUUUAGUUGUUUAUUUAUUUAUUUAUUUAUUUAUUGAUUUGCUUUAAACAUGAACUGAGCUGACCAGGAAACCUUUUUGGGUUAUUAUGAAUGGACAUGGUGAGAUGUUAUAUUUUAUCAAGAAUAUUCUUCCUUUUAUGGAAAUCUUUUAGUUUGCCCAGGAGGAUAUGAAACCUCAUGUGGUCUAUUCUGUUCUGUGGAAAGAUGCUUAUUAUUAAAUCGACUCUUCAGUACCAAUAGUGAUUUUUGUUCGGUGUGGUAAGAAAAUGAAUUGCUAUAUAUUGUCGUCAGUGGCCACAGUGCUUGUUUGUGUGGUAUUUAUGAAAGGCUCAAGGGAAAAUAUUAAAAAUUUGUAUCAUAUUGUGUUUCAAGAACUUUAUUGUGAGAUAAAUAAUAAAAGAAGUGAA